AUGGGGCAGCCCUGGCCAGUCGCCAAGCGUGGGAAGGCCCGCAUGGCCUCGAGGCCUGUGGCGGUGAAGAGGGUGAGGCAAAGCCCACUGAUCCGCAAGCCUAAGAACGUCCCAUACACGCGCCACGGGUCUUCUUCAUCCAGGUCCCGUCUCGACAGGGCAGUCUGGGCUCGGUGCUUGAAGGACUUCGUGAACGUGACCGCUCAGCAGGUGAUCGACAAGCUGAAGAAUGACAAGCUCUUGCCCGAGUGGAAGGGCGCCACGUGCCCUUACUGCGGGGUUGGCGCGCUGGCUGCCGUGCUGUUCUGCGCCGUGGCCCAGUGCUCGCAGGCGUCGGCUCGCCUCUUGCUCAAGAACAACCACAAGAUGGCAGAGAGCAUUUACUCUGCGCUGUACGCGGCCCGCGCCAAGCACGUCAACUGCCAUGAGAAGAACAUCGUCUUCGGCAUGGACCAGGACGGCAACGCGCUCGAGUGGGCGGACGUCGAGGCGGACGAGGUCGACGUGGCCAGGGGCGAGGACCCGAACGCUGGCCCCCGCGCUCAGAAGCCCAUCGCGUGGGCACAGUGGGGCGGCAUCGUGCAGCGGGGUAACCCCAAGUCGUUGGUCCUCUUCAGGUUGAAGCCUGAGAAGGCCAAGCGCAGGGCGCCUGGCCCAGGCCCAAUUCGGAAGAGAGGUUGGGCGCCCGUGGCGUCCAAGUGGCUGAAAAACCGCCGUGUCAUCUUGCACGCAGACGGUGCGAGGUCGUACAAGAUGAAGGUCGACGACGUCUUGCACGACUGGGUUGUCCAGAAAGAGAAAAGGGUGCAGGUUGGCGGGAAGUGGGUGUGGCUGAAGCCUGCUUUCACGAAGGUCCGCUACCGCGAUGUGCCUGACGAGAACAAGCCCAGUGGGACGCAACGCUUGUGGGUGAAGUGCGGCACGCAGUUGAUCGACCGUGCCUGGGGCGACUUGCGCAAGGCAGUCGGCAAGGGCAACGCGAAGACGGUGGGCUCUGUCCUCCUCCGCAACAAGGUGCGUUCUUUCCAAUGGGCGUACUGGAACCGCGGCAGCGACCUCUGGCUCGCCACUGGCCAGAUGCUCCGCGACGCGUGGGCCAAG